AUCGAUGUCAUUCAAGAUGGCGACGUCCAUUUCCCUUUGAUCGUACAGAUCAGUAGGCUGAGAAUGUGAAUGAUAUGAGGUGACGUUGUGAGACGAGAACAAUGACUUGCGGAAUCUAUCCAUGUCAUCUCCUUCAACUUGGGCUGGUGUUUGUCCUCACUGCUGUCUCUUCAGCACAUGUCGUCAUUGAGUGGCAACACACACUGGAGUUGUAUCGAAGCUGGUCGGGUUACUACCGGGUGUAUGACAUACACUACCCGUGCUCACUGCAGGUACACUCUGUGCAGAGCGGCCACCAAGGGACGGCCAUGCUCACUUUCAGGGACAACGAGACAGUCAUGGAUGUCAGUGUUUUUUCGUACGAUGAUAUAACAAUGGUCUUCAAACUCGAGUCUAUGCACAAACCAAGCUCCCGUUUCCCGGGAGACGUCGACAUUCGUAUUGAGGCCAAAGUGGUGUACAUCGGAGGUGUCUGCACAAUAUCUGGAAACUUUACAGACCCCAGGAAUCGAGGCUUCGGAACAUUUGUGGUCCAACCUCAAAAUGCACCAGAAAUAACAUCGAGAUCCAAGGCCUUGACCAUUGGACUGGCAGUGGGGAUUCCCCUUGUCCUUAUGGCCAUGAUCACUGUCAUAGCCGUCUGUCUCAUCAUGUGGGCCAUUAGAAAGGGAUACUUGCGCCACGUACCUUGUUCUUUCAAGACAUUCCGCAACCCGCCAGAUUCCGACCUGAGACUAGAGAACCAGUGUAGAGCUGUGCACAUGUGAUGGGGAAAUGAAGAUCUCAUUUCGCUAUGUUUAAUAUAUUGCCAAUACAAGACAGCAGAUGUAUAGGAUACCCAUUCCUUGAGUGUGUGUGCAGGGUUACAGGAUGUUUCGUUCCCGAUUUGUUUCGUACACACUACCGUUUUAUACCCUAGACAUGUUGUCCCCUGAUCAUUUAGAACAUAUUUUAUGUUAAAUUGUAUAUGUAUGCAUAUUGUUUUGUUUUUUUGUGUGUUUUUUUAUUGUCCCCAGAAACAUAAACAAGGUCAAGGUUGGGGGCCUUGAAUCAUUUCUGUAUAUGGUAUUAUUGUAUAUACACAAAUGAUAUAUAAUUAAAGCUGUAUACUUGUAUAUGAUGCACUUAUUAAAUAAUGUAUGUAUACAUAUGCAUGUGUGUGUGUGUGUGUGAGAGAGAGAGAGAGAGAGAGAGAGAGAGAGAGAGAGAGAGAGAGAGAGAGAGAGAGAGAGAGAGAGAGAGAGAGAGAGAGAGAGAUAGAGAGUGAGAGAGCGAGAGAGCAACACAGAGAGACACAGAGACAGAGAAAGACAGACAGACACAUAUGCAUAUUGUUUGGUAUGUCUUAGUUAGGUGUUCGCUUGGGGGAUUUUAACUGGGAUUUUUUGUCCAGGAUGAUAACAAAUAAGAACUUGGCCCAUUCAUCAAGUGACAUAUUAUCAUUGAGUUUCCAGGGGAUCAUCUACAACAUUUACUAUAACUGAAUGAAGGACAUUGAGCAAUUAAAAACAAACAAACAAACUGAAAAUAAAUAAAUAUAAGUAAGCAUGUUUGAACCCUGGAAAAAAAGCUCCAGUUAAAAUCCCCCAAGUGAACAGCUAACUAAAACAGACAAAACUAUGCCUACAAUUACAAUUCAAUAUAAAACGUGUCCUAAAUGACCAGGUGAUGAAACGUCUAGGGUAUAAAAUGGUAGAGUGUACGAAGCGUCCAGGGACAAAACAAAAUGGUUGCAAAUUGUUCUGUUCUGUACUAAUAUCUAAAAAGGGAUCAUGAAAAACAUGGGUUUUUUCAGAGAGGGUUUGUUUUGUACUAGUUUUUAAAAAGGGACCAUGAAAAACAUCCAGUUUUUAUAUAGAAGGAAAUGUUUUAUUUAACAACGCACUCGACACAUUUUAGUUACGGUUAUAUGGCGUCAGAUUUUUAGAUAGAAAUCAGGUUGUCCGAGAUCCAUCCACUUUUUGAGUGGUUUUACUGUACUGUGAUAUGAGUCUUUGUGCCUUGAGGGUGUAGGGAAAUGCCUCGAGUGUAGAGAAAUGCCUCGAGGGUGAAGGGUAAUGUGUAGAGGGUAUAGGGAAAUGCCUCGAGGGUGUAGAGAAAUGCCUUAAGGAUGUAGAGAAAUGUCUUGAGGGUGUAUGGAAAUGCCUCGAGGGUAAAGGGAAAUUCCUCAAGGGUAUAGGGAAAUGCCUUCAGGGUGUAGUGAAAUGCCUCGCGGGUGUAGGGAAAUGUGUAGAGGGUAUAGGGAAAUGCCUCAAGGGUCUAGGGAAAUGCCUUGAGGGUGUAGGAUAAUGCCUUGAAGGUUUAGAGAAAUGCCAUUCAGGUUGUUUGCUCAAAUGUUACGUUUACAUACUGACUUAAAAGAACCAAAUUGUUGUGUAUAGAUUCAGUCUAAAUCCUUCAUUAUAUUGAUCUCAAACCUUUUCCUUCCGAUCCUCAUGCAAAGAGGAUGUGUCAAAAGUCUUAGAGCUCAAAAUAUUCACCAAAGAACUUGUAAAAUACACAGGACAUUGACAACAGUAUAGUAUAAUAUUCUUAUAAAAAACCCCAAAACCUAUCCAAAACAAAGCCGUUAAACCAAACAUGUUUUUUUGUUUUUUUUGACAUGCAAGUAUUUAAAUUGUAUCGUAAUGGCCACUUCAAAAGUUGGGACCAUCAAUAGACCAAAACCAGAUGUAGAGCACUCACCUGAGGUGCUUGUGUCAUUGGAUCAAACCACCUCGGCUGAUCCAUUCAGUUUUUCCCAUGCCAACCAGUGCCACAUGACUGGUGUAUCAAUAUCACGUGGAGACAAUCUACAGUUAUUUCUCUCGAUAUACUGAUUUAAUGGAUCUUGUUUAUCUUUAGAUAUAAUUAUAUAUAGAGAGAUUAUUAUACAAACUUGUGUGUCGUACUGAUUUUACGAAACGAGUGUCAGGAUUAUUGUAUUACCCGAGUGAGAGUAAUACAUAGAGAUUAUUAUACCAGCUUGUGUGUCAUACUGACUUUAUGAAACGAGUGUCAGGAUUAUUGUAUUACCCGAGU